AUGGCGGGACUUGGCUCCGGCUACGACAUUUCCGUGUCUACCUUUUCCCCCGACGGGAGGGUUUUCCAGGUGGAAUAUGCCUCCAAAGCCGUCGACGCGGCCCCUUUGUGUCUUGCUGCUGCAUGCAAAGACGGAGUCGUUUUUGCUGCUGAAGUGCCGCGCGUUUCGCCGCUGUUGACGAAAGGGGCCAACAAAGUUAUUUUCCAAGUUAAUGAAGAAAUUGGCCUGGUAUUCGGGGGUUUGCUGUCGGACGGCCGGCGGCUGUGGGGCCGCGCGCGGGCGGAAGCAGCGAACUACAAGUCCGCCUUUGGGGUGUCUAUACCCCUGGGGGUUUUGGCGGAGAGGCUUUCUUUGUUUGUUCAUUCUUUCACUCUUUACUGGCACUUGAGGCCUUUCGGGGUCACCUGCCUCCUCGGGGGUUUGCAGCCAAACCCUAAAUCAGGGUUUAGGGAGCUCACGGGGGAAAUAUACGCGAUAGACCCCAGCGGCUGCUGCUGCCGGUUUUUUGCUGCUGCUGCUGGCCGCGAAAGGCCAGCAGCAAAAACGGAACUGGAGAAGCUGAACUUGAAAGCAGCAGCAGCAGCAGCAGCAGCAGCAGACCUCGUGCGGCUGCUGCUGCAGCUCGGAGAAGAAAGCCAAAAAGAAAACAAAAAAGAAAUCCAAGUUGCUGUUAUUAAUUCCCAAAAUGGAAAAGUUAAUUUCCACUUCUGGCAGCAGCAGCAAGUUGCUGCAGCAGUUGCUGCAGCGCAGCAAGCCAUCCAGGCCAUGGACAGCGACUAG